UCGCCCUCGGGGUUAAAGCUUGUCGCGGAGAACCGAAUGCACGGAACUCUCACACCCGACCUACUUCCAUUAAGCACCUGACCUCGAGGACAGCUAAAGUACCAACUAUCUACCAAUGAGUGCAUCUCGAUUUGAAGAUAUCGAGUUUCUUUCGUGACCUUCCAGGUUCGCGACAUUCAAAAAUGGUAGCCGGGUGCCUCGUGGUUCUAUACCUCUUAUGUCUCAUAGCCCCGCCGGUCGCGGCGGACUCAAAUUCAAAUACCAACUGCACCUCCAGCACAACGAUAACCUCCCAAGCCGACGCUGACAGCCGUCUCUCCUCCUGCUCCACCAUCCACGGCACCCUAACCAUCUCUCCCUCCGCCACCGGCAGCAUCACCCUCAAACAGCUAGAGACGCUCAAUGCGGGCCUUAUCAUCCAGAAUGCCUCCGCAUUAACAGCCUUCUCCGCGUCAAACCUCGAAACCGUCAACGGGCAGCUCUCCAUCAAACAAAACGGCGAAUUGAGCACUCUCACACUCUCAGAUCUCAAGACCGUCAGCGGAGAGCUGGAUGUCGAGGAUAACUCGCAGCUCAAGGACUUGGUGUUCGAUGAUUUGGAGUACGUGAACGGGGCGUUGACGCUAAGUGGGAAAUUUGACAGUAUAUCGUUUAGCAAUCUCAAGCAUGUCAAUGGACAGACGAGUAUCAGUUCGCGCGGAGGAUCAUUUCGUUGCUCGAGUUUGGAAUCUCUGCGGACCGGGAAUGACGAUGACGACGGUGACAACCAGAACAAUAACAACAGCAACGGCGUGUUCAAGGGGUCGUAUUCUUGCUCCGACGGUUCCAGCAGCGGGUUAAGUUCGGGGGCCAAAGCGGGAAUUGCCAUAGGAGUUAUCCUAGUCGUCCUGCUGAUCAUCCUACUCGUGUGGGUGCUGAUGCGUCGGAAUCGGUCAAGGCGGAAGCGGCGAAAUGCUGCCCAGGAUGAGGGCAAAUCCGAAUACACUGCUGUUGGAACGGGGCUGCCACGAGAUCGCAUGACCUCAAAUAUGGCUGAAAAGGUGCAAUCUCGCGUGUUGAAUGCGCAGGAGCCGGAUCCAGCGACUGAUCUGAACAAUAUCCCACGGAAACCAUUGUCACCGCCUCCCCCAUCGCCGCCGAUCGACGUCCACCACAGAAUGUCAACGAUCUCGCCAUCUUCGCCACCCGUGCCGAGCUCGCUGAUGCCCGGUACAGAAAGCUCUGUCAGCUCCGUCCCGACAUCUAAUGAGCAGAAUGCAUUGUUCCUGAAUCCCAUCCCUCGACGGAGGCCUUCCGAAACGAACGUUCCCUUGCUGGAUAGUGGAAAUGUGCAUGAAGUACCGGCCAGUCCGAUCGCACAUAGGGUAGUGUAUGAGUUGGAUGCUGGUCCGGUGCGAGGGACGCACCAGCAGCCGAUUAACCACGAGUAACACCCUGUCACAUAUGACGCCGCAUCAAGAGGCAUGACUGAUGAGAUUUGAGACGGUGGGUCAGCACGACCUAACGAAUAUACCCUGAGAUAACAGAAACGCAACGGAGCAGCAGCCCAUCGUCCAACUGUACAAUUGGAUUGAAAUUGAGAAAUCGUAGCCAAACCGACUCGGGGUCCUCAGAAUACCCCCAAUCAUGAUAGUGUACAUCAUGCAUUAAACGCUUAGAAUCAGAUUC